CUUCCUGCGGCGUGUGCUGCCGGCAUGGCGCGCGAGGGCGGGGGUCUUUUCGCCGGUUUCCGCGUGCUCGGGCGGUUCAGCGGCCCCGUCCCGCACGUGCUGCGGUACCACAGCCGACACCGCGAGUUCUACCUCGCCACCGCCAUCGGGAACAGCGUCCACACCUACAACGUGAAGAAGCUUGGUAUUGUUGCUGUGAGUAAUGCUUUGCCACAAGACAUUACAUGUUUGGCAGCAGAUCGCAUGUUGAUAUUUGCUUCAUAUGACAAUAUUCUCCAUGCUUUUGCCAGGAAUAAAGAGGUGGUUCAUACCUAUGAAGGUCAUAAGGCAAAGAUACACCUUCUGCAGCCUUUUGGUGAUCAUGUCAUCUCUGUGGAUGUUGAUAAUGUUCUUAUUGUCUGGAAUAUACAAUCAGAAGAGGAGUAUCUUCAGGUGGAUUUUGAUAAGGCCACUUUUACAGUUUCUGCAAUUCUGCAUCCCAGCACCUAUUUGAAUAAAAUUCUCUUGGGAAGUGAGCAAGGGAGCUUGCAGCUAUGGAAUAUAAGAUCCAACAAACUGUUAUACUCAUUUCCAGGAUGGAACUCAGCAGUCACAACUCUUGAACAAGCUCCAGCAGUGGAUGUUGUUGCAGUUGGGCUUGUAUCUGGUCAUAUCAUUGUACAUAAUAUUAAAUUUGAUGAAAGUCUGAUGAAAUUUCAGCAAGACUGGGGUCCCAUUACAGCAAUAUCUUUUCGCACUGAUGGGCACCCAGUAAUGGCAGCUGGUAGCCCAAUUGGACACAUUGCUUUGUGGGACCUAGAGGAGAAGAAACUAAUGUGUCAGAUGCAAGAUGCCCAUUCCACAGCAGUAGCUGGUAUGUCAUUUGUCCCUGGAGAGCCACUUCUUAUUACUAAUGGUGCUGAUAACGCUAUAAGGGUGUGGAUUUUUGAUGGACCUGGUGGUACAGGACGUGUAUUGAGAAGCCGAAUGGGACAUAGUGCUCCACCAACAAAAAUCAGAUACCAUGGGCAAAAUGGAGAGCAAAUUCUGAGUGCAGGUCAAGAUGGAACAUUGCAGUCUUUUUCAACAGUGCAUGAAAAGUUCAAUAAAAGCUUAGGACGUGGUUCAAUUAACAAAAAGAAAUCGAAAAAGAAAGGUCUUAAGCUUGAUACAAUGGCACUUCCACCAAUUACUGUCUUUGCUUCAGAAGUGGCCCAUCAGAGUGACUGGGAUGGCAUUGUUGCCUGCCACCAAGGGUAUAUAACAUGUACAACGUGGAACUAUCAGAAAACUUCCAUGGGAGCUCAUAAACUGAGACCAGAAGAAUUUAGCAAACACAAACCCAUUGGUGUAUAUGCAGCAGCAGUUGACAUUACCUCAUGUGGGAACUUUGCUGUAAUUGGGCUGUCAACUGGACGGGUGGAUGUGUAUAACAUUCAGUCUGGCAUUCACAGAGGAUGUUAUGGCAAAGAAAGAGCACAUGAGGGGGCCAUUAGGGGGGUAGCAGUGGAUGGAUUAAACCAGUUGAUAAUCACAGCUGGUAGUGAAGGAUUAAUUAAAUUUUGGAAAUUCAAAUCUAAAGAUUUAGUUUACGCUACUGAGCUUUCUUCUUCUCCAAGUGGAAUUCUGCUUCACCGAGACAGUGGUAUACUGGGAGUUGCCUUGGAUGACUUCAGUAUUAGUAUUUUGGAUAUAGAAACCAGGAAGAUUGUCAGGAUGUUCUCAGGACACUAUGGACGGAUUAAUGACAUGACUUUCAGUCCUGAUGGUCGUUGGCUAAUAACUUCAUCAAUGGACCGUACCAUUAAGACUUGGGACCUUCCCUCUGGAUGCCUUAUAGAUUGUUUUCUGGUAGAGUCUGCAGCUGUCAGCCUUGCUAUGUCUCCCACAGGAGAUUUUCUAGCUUCUGCACAUGUGGAUGAUCUUGGAAUUUAUUUGUGGUCAAAUCGUGCUCUGUACUCACUUGUCUCUUUACGGCCCCUUCCAGCAGAUUAUGAACCUUCUGCAGUGACAUGCCCUAAUACCUUCCCACUGCAAGAUGUAGAUGUGGCAGGAGAUGAAGAAAAAUGUGAUGAAAUGAUAGAAUAUAUCUCACCUGAGCAGUUAGGAGAGCAGCUGGUGACCCUUUCCUCAUUACCAGAAUCAAGGUGGAAGAAUCUCCUCAGUCUUGAUGUUAUUAAGAAAAGAAAUAAACCAAGAGAGCCACCAAAAGUUCCCAAGUCAGCCCCUUUCUUCAUCCCAACAGUUCCUGGUCUUAUACCCCAAUAUGUUGCUCCAGAGGAGGAAAAUGAUACACAGUCAAAGAUAGUGAACCUUGGAGUACUGGCACAGAAAUCUGAUUUUUAUAUUCAUCUUGAAGAAGCCUUGAACACUCAUGAAUAUACAGCUCCAUUUAACUUACUGAAAAGCUUGGGACCAUCUAAUAUUGAAAUAGAACUGAGGGGUUUGGCCCCUGAGGGUGGUGGCUCGGUGCAGGUGAUGCUAAGCUUUUUGAGAAUGAUUGGGACGAUGCUCAACAGGAAGUACAACUUCGAACUCGCUCAGGCAUACCUGGCACUAUUUUUAAAGCUACACCUUAAGAUUAUGUCUUCGGAACCAGAUCUAUUGGAAGAAAUAUCCAGAUUGUCAACACAGCUUGAGGAAACUUGGGUUCAUUUACGUAGUCUCUUCAAUCAGAGUCUGUGUGUGUUAACAUAUAUGAAAAGUGCCUUGCUGUAAAAUACAUAAGGGUUUUGUCUGCAUAAAAUUCCUCUCAGAAUAACGGUACAGUUUAUUACCAAAAAUACUGGAUCUUAACAAUUGUACUGGGACUUCUGAUACUGUCUUUUAUACAUCUGUGUAUGAAAAAGUAUUUUAGAACAUGUGUAACUGAUGAGUUUUAUUCACUUAAUUUUGAGCAAAUGUGAGUAUAGGAAGCUUAAUUUUUCAUUGUACUAGUUUGUUCUGUCAAUGAACAAACAGUUGGAUGGCUGUAGAUGAUGCAGCUAGUUACCUUAUACUUUCAUGACUAAAAAUGUAAAUUAGAAUGAAGAAGUGACUUAGAAAGGAAAAAAAAAAAAGUAGGAGUGUUGUUUCUGUGCAGGAGACCAAAACCUGUAUUGUGCUUACUAAACAAUUAUUGAUACAAAAAUAAAACAUCUGAAUUACUGACAAUUUAUUAACAUUGGCUUAAAGCAAAGUUAUAUGAAUUGCAUUCCUUGUCAGUCAGAGGGCUUUUCUUAUGAAGUCUGUAAAUAAUGAGUUUUGUUCUUGUGUUGGCAAGCUGAGUUUACUAUUUUGCUUCAAACACCUUUUUUGGAAAGCAAAGAUUCCUAGCUGCACUAUAAAUGAUGGAACUUGGGAAAAAUAUAAUUAAACUGCAAAACCUCAACCCAUUUUUUUAUUACACGUUUCUUGCUCUAAUUUGGAGGCUUACUUUCUUACGAAAAUUAGUAUUCCUGAAGCAAAAAUACUACUGAAAUAAAAACUUUGAAUUGUGGAGAGUUUUUAAUUUAAUCAGAUGUUAUUUUUAUGAAUUAAUACUUAGAUUUCAAAUAACAAGUUUUUUGCAGAGCUUGGGAAUUCAUGAAUGAGAUUAUCUUAAAACUUUGCUUUUUGAGAGCACUGCCUCACAGUAGAAGCAUCUCCAGACCUCUACUGACAGAUAGACACGGACUAGAGGAGUAGCUAAUACAAAUGUGUGCUGUUCUGAUGAGAAGACUUGAAAGACUGGUUCAUUGCAUUUGGCACAGGGCUGAAGCAACAGUUUGGUUCUGUUCUACGUCUGUAGUUUUAUUUUUCUAAUACCAUUGCAUUAUGGAAUACUAUUUAGUUUUGUAUCCUGGAACAGAUUAUGGAAAAACAUAUACAUGUGGUGUAGAGUAUGAAAUACUGCCUAAAACAAGCAACAGUUCAACGUGUGUCAUGGAAUCAUAAUCCUUUUGGCUUUUUGAUUUUGCAAGAAAAGUCAUCAGGCUAGCAAAGGAGUGCAGAGGUCACAGAAAGACAGCUACUGCAGCUUCUCGGUGUUCUUUAUCUUUGAGUUAUGUUAACAGACAUGAACAGAACAGACAAAUACGGAAUUUUAUAGGCUGUGGCAUUCUAGCCAGUUAGGACUGGUAAUGGGGAGUUCCUUGGAGUUAUGUAUUAUGGAGUGGUUUUAAGAAGUUUACUGCUGAGAUUUAAGAAAAUCCUUUGUACCAUGGAAUGAUGAGCUUCUGAUACUACAGUUUACAAGAACCCAUUACUCCAAAUUUCUUCAAUGGGUCUGAAGUAGUCCCAGAUCCCUCAAACUUUAAUGUAAUGGAUAAUAAACCUCUGAGCUUAUCAGUGGUAGUGAAAUUAAUUUUGAAAAUCUUGAAAAACAAUUUUUUUACCAAGUGUUUAGAAUAUUAUAAAGCAAGUGAGUUGGUAGUUCCGGACCUACCUCAGCAAAACAAAGAACAGUGGAUGAAGAACUUUCCUUUUGCAUCAGGGCAAAGGUCUGUCAAGCUGUGUUCUGUGUUCAGCUGAAGCAAGGAAGAGAAGCCAAGGAUCUGGCAAACAGGUCAUAUAUAUAUAAAGAUAAUCCUUUCUGAAGCACAUCACACCACCUUUCAACAGAGAGCUAUUUUGAUACUUCAUGACCUAGCUGUAUUCUGACAGUUCUCUUUAAUAACCAGUUUGUUCUCUGUGUUCAUGUAAUCUCUUUUAAAACCAUUUAUUCUUGAUAACAUCCUGUAGCAAUGGGACCUACAGUUUAAGGAAAUACUAAGGGAAAU